AUGCUCAGUGCUAAGAAACUCAUCAAGAUGGCCAGGAAAUGGCAGAAGUUUGCACGCAUGCAGAGGAAGAGGAUUUCACUUCCGAGAAAUGGCAAUGAUGUAGACGGUUGUAGUACAUCUUCAUCCUUUAUAGCCGGAAAAGGACAGUUUGUAGUGUAUACAACUGAUAAAAGGCGCUUUGUGAUUCCAUUGGCUUAUCUGGAAAAUGAGGUCAUUUUGCAACUUUUAAAUAUGUCUGAAGAAGAGUUUGGGCUGCCCAGUGGCGGCCCUAUUACAUUACUGUGUAAUUCAGCCUUCAUGGAGUACAUCAUUUCACUAAUCAAGAAAGAUGCAGCUGCUGGAGAUCUUCGUAAAGCAUUGCUCCUCUCAGUUAAUUCAUGUUGCUGUUCAACUUCUUUGCACCAAGAAUGGGGAAAUCAGCAGCUCCUUGUUUAUUAG